UCAACUGAUCUGACAGCAGUCCUCAAAAGAAACUUGGGCAACAGCAGAUUCACAAACGUUUACUUUAUUGUCCUAUUUCUGCUGGUAAUACCUGACAUCUACAACAUUUCUAUAAAAAUAGACAUUUUUAGUACACACUUGAAAGACCAACACAUUUCGUAACUAUUUGGUUUACUGAAUGGUAGACCAUCUAAGCCUCGUGGUGUAUGUUUUUUGAAGGGGCUCAAAUAACAUGCCUCUAAUUGCAAAGUCAUUAACAUAUAUUUCAGAUUGUGACACUGAAACCAAAGACAGUGAAAGGAUAAAAAUAUAAAUAUUAACAGGUGUGAAGUUAUACCCCAUCACUAUGGAAACAGAGCCCAUGGUCAGCCCCCGAUCUCCGAAGAGUCCAGUCUCCCAGGAGGAUUGUGGUCUCUGGAUGGAAGUUGGCUGUAAACCGGCAGAGGACACAGAUAUGGCCAAAGACAACUCCUCCCUGACUUCUGGGGAAAAGCCCUGUGAGGUCUGGCAGGCUGUCAUACCACCUCCCUCUUUGGUCAGCGCAGGCCACCCCGAUAGGAUGGAGGAGGAUGAGUACGUCUUCAUCCUUCCCCCACCAUGCAAAGACCCUUCUUGUCCAGAAGAGGGCAGCACAAUGGAGCCCAAUGUUGGGGCCAUAACCGUCACAGAGGCUAAAGAAAAUCCCAGGAGCUUAGAUGGAGUUCAGCCUAGCAGCACUCCAGUCAUGGACAAGGCUACAGUAACAGUGGAAGAGGAGCAGCAGACUGAACUGAAGAAGGGAGGAUCUGUGGAUAUCACAGUGCUGACUGAAAGACCUGGCUCUGUCACGCCACCACCAACAGACGGAUAUAAAGCAGUGGGUGCCAGUAGCCCUGAGCAGACACAUCCGAACAUGGAAACCAGCAUUCUGAAAGAGACAGAUUCUGUCCCAUUAUCACAGACAAGGGAGUCUGAGCCAGAGCACUGCCUUGACAACAAUAGUCAUCCAACCCAUGAAGGGACCAUCAUAGAGCCAGAACAUACAGACGAGAGUAACAAUGAUGUUCAGGACAUGGUCAAUGGUAGAUCACUAGACUACGACAUGACCAAAGAUGAGUGGGUCAGGAGAGACAGUGCUAGCAGUGACGUCCAGCGCCUCCAGCCUCACCUAUCUAUUUCAAGAGGCUUAUCCAGAGAACAGGUAUCAGUGCCCACGCCUCAGUCACCUGCCUCUGAGCAGCAGGAGCAGCAGGAGCAGCAGGAGGCUGGCAGCCUGACAGUAGCUGAAGACAUCCAGCAGGGGGAGCAGCUGCUGCAUCGCCUGCAUCUGGUGCAACAGAGACAGGACGGACAACACGUGCCACAGGAGCCUCCGCCCUCUCACCAGGUAGCCAUGAAGACAACCAAUCAGGAUACAGGCUACCAAGAGGGAGAGAGAAUUGAGUGUAGGAAGGAAGAGGAAGAAGAAGAGGAAGGAGAGAGUGAGGGAAGCGGUGAAGAGAGAGAGCAGGGAGAGAGAGUACAGACUGUCGAGGUGGAAGAGAGAGAGCAGGGAGAGAGAGUACAGACUGUCGAGGUGGAAGAGAGGGAGCAGGGAGAGAGAGUACAGACUGUCGAGGUGGAAGAGAGGGAGCAGGGAGAGAGAGUACAGACUGUCGAGGUGGAAGAGAGGGAGCAGGGAGAGAGAGUACAGACUGUCGAGGUGGAAGAGAGGGAGCAGGGAGAGAGAGUACAGACUGUCGAGGUGGAAGAGAGGGAGCAGGGAGAGAGAGUACAGACUGUCGAGGUGGAAGAGAGGGAGCAGGGAGAGAGAGUACAGACUGUCGAGGUGGAAGAGAGGGAGCAGGGAGAGAGAGUACAGACUGUCGAGGUGGAAGAGAGGGAGCAGGGAGAGAGAGUACAGACUGUCGAGGUGGAAGAGAGGGAGCAGGGAGAGAGAGUACAGACUGUCGAGGUGGAAGAGAGGGAGCAGGGAGAGAGAGUACAGACUGUCGAGGUGGAAGAGAGGGCAGCGGUAAGUGAGGAAGAGAUUCCAGAGAAAGAACAUAUUGAAACAGUGGCAGGAGAGAAAGCGGAGGAGGUCCAGUCUCGUCCUUCUGCCCAGCUCAGUGUCCAACCUAUGGUCAGGAUCGAGAUGGAAUGCAGUGACGAUGACCAGAGUGACAGCGGGGUGUCCACUGACUUCUCCCCUGUCGGCACACACGAGAUCCACACGACCACAGCCCCCAUCAUGGACAACAAGGCUCCCCCACCCCGGAAGGAGACUCCCAUCGAGAGGGAGAUCCGGCGAUCUGCUGAAAGGGAGCAGAGCCUGCGACGGUCCAGGUGCAUGUCAAACACCCAGGAAGGCCAGGAGGUGGUAGACAUCCCCCUGAUGAAGACUCCGCUGCUGGCUAAGACACUGUCCUCUAAGGCAGGACCGGGGCAGGGCGCUGACUGGCAGUUCUCAGAGAAGAAGAUGCAGAAGGAGAUCAGCCAGGAGAUCCAGAGGGAGCUUGUCCUGGUGAACAUGGGGAAGAUCCCUGGAGUCUACAGCAAGGGAACAGUACGCCAGAUGAGGGAGAGGAAGCUGCUGUUUGAAGCCUUCCAACAAGGCAAUGCAGAAGGACCCACCAGGCACAGGAGACCCCUCACCACAGCAGGCCUGGGGAUGAGAGGUCAUGUCUACCCCUCUGUGCUGGAGAGGACGCGUAGCAUGGAGCUUGUCUCUUUUAAAGGCUGCCCUCUCUCAAGAGCCCACUCCCACCAGCUGUUUGACUUAAAGGACCAAAAGGAGGCUAGCUCAGGCCAAAACCCAAGUGCAGAGAACCAACCCACCGGUAAAGGAGCAGCGAGGAAGGUGGUUAUUCUGGAAAGUGACGACACAAUCAUAGCCCACUAUCCGAACCGAGACAUAGGAGCCCAGCGCCUCUACAGAAGCCUAGACUGCCUAAGUAUAGGGGGCACUGUCUCUACAGAGGAGGAGCACACGGAUGAGGUGAGGGGAGAACAGCCAGGGAAUGAGGACGAGGGCUCUGACAUCCUUAGGGAGAACCCUUUCUUUAAGCUGCGUCCCUCCCUGGCCAUGAAGCCGGAGGUGGAGAAGGACAUCCGGGAAGCCAGGGAGAGGGAGGAGGAGCUGCGCAGGCAGAGGUGUAGUCUGUACGGAGAGGCAGGAGUCAGUGGGGGCAGGCCAGACAGCACAGAGGACCCCAGCCCAGACUCACCUACCACACGCAUUCCCUCAUCCACCUCCUCUUUCACAGCAUCAGUUGAUGGCCGACAAUCCAAGGGGAAGUUGGAUCGGACCUGGCCUCCUCCCAAUCCUAAGAGUGCUAGGGAGAACCCUGGACAAACACAGGAGCCCAAGGUUUACAAGGCAGGCGGCCAGAAAACUCCUCUGUGGCAGCGUUGGGAGGCAGGUAUGGUGAACGGGCCACUGCCACGGGAACAGGACUGAUACUGGAGGUCACCAAUACCAGGACUUCUAUAACAUUAACAUGUCAAAUGUAUCACUAAGGAACUAGGAUGGUAGAACUGCAUAAUUCACUACGACGGCAGAAACUUGAAUUAGUAUUAGCUUGAACAUUCCAUGCUUUGUAAGACUAGCAUCUGUUUUGUAUAUAACAUUACAAUUUCAUGACAAAUAUUCACAAUGUACAAAAGACGUCCUCUCUCAUUUAACUGCUCUGCUUGUAAAGGUUUAACUCCUGUUCAGUGUUCGAUCAAAAUGACAAAUGUCAUCCGCAAUACAGAGAAAUGUCAUUAUCAAGAAUUGCAUAAAUGUGAAGGUAAUCAAAACUACUAUAAAUGUUUCAGUAAACGCACAAAUGCCGCAAUCAUAUCUCAGUUUUGUCCCAUCAGGCUCUGCUUAUCAGUAUUGUACAGUUUGUUAAUACAAUCCAGUGAGGAGAAAUGAAGUCCAUACAUUAAAUAUCCUUUUCAAAUCAA